AUGUUCACCCGAAGAAAGGCUACCGCGACAACAGCAACGGUGGACGGCCUACAGCCAAAGACUGCAGAGGGUGACGCAUCGCUGACAGUCCUGGAGCCUCCCGUCUUUGCAUCAGUGGAAACCAUAGCAGAACCCGCCGUAAUUCCGGCAUCGGCAAGCACACCACACGUGCCUCCUGACCUACAUCAACCGCAGCCUUCUGUCGAGCGUGCGCCCACUCCACCUCGUCAAUCAAGCACGGGUGAGUCACCGCCGCUGACCGACUCCCUCCAGGCACUUGCUUCGCUAGCUGCAGCUGACCGAAGACCGCGCACCGAUUCGCCGACUGUCGCGCUUCACCGGAGCAAGCGAAGCGCCGCCGGAGCAGCGCCGGCCACAGAUCAGCAUCGCACAACCGAACCGAUCGGAAAGGCGCCGGACGCACGACCGGCGCUCCUGCCGCCUGAUUUGCCGCCGCUCGUUUUACGACGCGCCCAAGGUACCUGGUCAAGCGGGGGACAAGCGGGCUCGGCACCUACAUGUCCCGAAAAAGCCACUGCGAGCACGAGGGAGGAAGUUGCUUCGCUCAGUCGUAGCGCUGAAUUUACAACUGUCGCGCAAACGUCUAGCAGUGUUUCCAACGAACGAACAGCUAACGCAUCUCUUCGCAACAACGCACCGGGUGGACAUUCGUCGUCUACCGCAGCAAGGCAGCAGAAGGCCGAUUUCAAUACGGCACCCCCCUCGUCGAUUGCACGGGUCCCCACGGUGAAUACGUCCGGAACGACACACACGACCUCAGGUCGCGCUGGCGGCACGCCACUGUACGAGCGAGGCGAGCAGUCCAACCGCCCGUCGAAUUUACCAAGGACCACUGCAGCGCAAAGUGCAAAGGUCCCAACACUCAUCACCCGCUUCAGUACGCAGUCGGCAGCUUCCUCGGAAGUAACGCGAUGGCCUGAAGACGUGACCGUCCCGUUAGCGUCUUCAAGUAUGACCCUGUCUCGCUCGAGCGAGGUGCUCAAUAAUACAAACACAACUUCUACGAAGUUCCCGAAUGUGCUCACGGCCGGGCAUGAGGCCAGCCUAGAGAACAGCUCAACUUCGCUCAUGUCCAAUGAAUUUGGAACGAAUAAGACCGACUCUCUUACCACUAACGUACCGGCAUCGACGAAAGACGCAGCAACAUCGACCUCGGCUGAUGCACCUCGAAGCCGCAGAAACAAGGGAGCGAUAUUCGCCACUGUCAUCGGUGCAGCCGUGCUGCUCAUGGGCAUCAUUGUCAUGGGUUUAUGGUUCUACAACGUCCGGUGGAAGCUAAACCGAGACCGUCCCCUUCUGAGGCACGCUACGGCUCCGGACACUACACCGAUCCCUUUCAGCGUCGUCUACUACCAGAACGACGGCACCCAGAGUGCCGGACUGCGCCGAAAUUGACGUGUGUGCAGGCGAACGGGACCGGUGAACGCACUGUUAGAAGCCUUCCAACCAAUGCCGAAGUUGCGAUGCAUGCAGUUGCAAGCAUUGUGUUCUACGAUCUCUUCCCUUUUCUAGGCAUGCAGGACAAGCGUCUUGUCUCGCCAGGGCCCAAGAGUACACUGGCAGCCGCCUUACCCGCCGCGGUAGCUCAGUGGCUAUGGCAUUGCGUUGCCGAGCACGAGGGUUCGAUUCCGUCGCCGCAUUCCGUUGGGGGCGGAAUGCAAAAAUACGCGUGUACCGCGCAUUGGGUGCACGUUACCCGAUGGUCAAGUUACCCAAGUGGAGAGCAAAAACGUCCGUGUCCCGUGCAUUGGGGGCACGUUAAAUAACCCGGGUCAAAAUUAACCCGGAGUCCCCCACGAUGGCGUGCCACAUUAUCACAUUGUUGUUUUGGCACGUAAAACCCCAUAAUUUAAUAUUUUUUAUACGGAACUGAAUGAGAGCCCGAGAUUCCGCAAUGGAGUAGGACUGGAAUGGAAUGGACACACAGUCCUGGAGAGUUAAACGUUCAUUUUAAACGAGACUCCAAAACUGGACUAUUUGCGAAUUACCCUAAACGAGACUUGGACAAUUUCUUACAUUUCUCAGUUAUGACUAAAUAUCAGCUCUUUCAGCAUCUGCCUAAAGGGGACUGCCUCUGCUAUGGUAAUUACAAACAAAACAGCAUUCUACACAUUCCGAAGACCCGGAAGCUUUUCUGCAUUGCAAGACUUAAAAGCACUUAUAGAUUUAAGUGAAUUUAAAGACAGUGACAUUUAGCUGUCAAGAGUGAUCAAUUCUGCAAGUGCACGCUUGACCUAUGACACAAGGAUGGGGC